AUGGCUUUUCCAAAUGCACUGCUUCCUUCAGAGAUACCAAUCGAAGAUGAUGAAGAUUCCCCCUCAAAGAGAGCCCGUAUGGAAGAUGCUGAUGCUGCACUAGAUCUUAUGCUUGAACGACAGAAAGCCUCUCCUGCGGCAUCCUUGGAGAUGGUUCCUGCUUGGGCUCGACAACUUCAAGCUUCGGUGGACAGCAAUGCUUUGCAGAUUCGAGAGGUUUGCCAGGAUUUUCACACUAGGCUCAGUUAUCUGGAAGACCGGGUGGCACGUCCUGCUGAAGAUCCUCGUGUCUCAGUAUUGACUGAGAAGGUUGACGAGCUUACUAGGUUGGUUCAUGGUAGACCCCCUUCAGUUCCUAUGAAUGCAUCAUCAGGGAAUGCGGCUGAUCCAUGGGCUUCCUUUUCAAGGCAACAGCAAGAGCGAACAGUUCAGAGGUCCAGCUUCGGUCCCUCGAGUUCCCAGCAGAGUCACGAUACGGACUUUUGUCGAGUUAUAGUGGGAGGUUGGUGUUUUGACACACCAAGACGAGUCAUUUUGGAGGAUCUUUCCCGCUUGGUGGCAACCUGGAGUCAGGCUGACCGAAGCCUUAUUACCAAGCAGAUGGUCUUUGGACAGCGUGCUCAAACAGCUCACUUGAUCCUACAACCGUGCGACUUCCCGGGGGACCGGUUUUACGCGCUUCAGGAAUCCUACUCCAACAAGGUGUUCACUCGAAGUGGUGAGGGCAUGUGGAUGUCGCCGUCGCGCUCUCCUGCGCGCCGUGCCCUGAAUAAGGUGACCAAGAGGGCGUUGGACACUAUCUCAGGACUUUGGCCGGCGGAUUCCCCACCAAAGCUUGAGACCUCAUGGCAAAGGCAGAUUGUCUGGCUUGCAGACCGCAGGGUAGCAGCAGGUACUCAGGACAUGUUGGUCGCUCAGCCCGCCGAAAAGGUCAUCGUCAAGGUCAUCGGAAAGGAUGAAAGCAAGUUUUACUUUAAUGUUUCGCUCCUUGCAACAGAGACAAAACAGACUGAAGCCGAAAUCGAAAUUAAGGUGCAAGAGGCAAGCUGA